UAAAAGUUUUUUUUUUUGCGUAAAGGUGACCAUAGACUCACGUAGGCUACCUGUAAAGAGUUAACGCCAGUGUUUGAGUGUCAAAAACGUCCCCAAAAUGGACCUAUUAAUCGUAGCAUAAUCCUCUUAGCUUCAUACUUCCUACAAUAAUUGCAGUGAAGUUUUUCGGCUUGUUCAGACCCUUUUCUUAAUAAAUUCCGAGGAGAGCAGGGAGGAGAUUAGAUUAGGGGAGUAGUGUGUAAGCAGCCUUGGGCCGUCGAGACGAGGGAGGCAGCUGAGAAGGCCUACACUGUAGUCAGCGUUCGACUUGCCUUUCUCGGCGGUGCAGUCUACAGGAUGUCACAUAGCAGUGGUGCGCAAGUGGAGUACGUGGCGCAGGGAGAUGUAUUGAACACAACCUCAGAGAGCUUUGGCAUCACUAUUCACCGAGCGGCGAAUGUCGCGCUUUCCUUUUUCAUGGCCUUGCUACUGUUUGCGCUGGGAUGCAGCAUAGAUGUUUCCAGGGUGAAGGCCCAUGUGUGGCGACCGUGGGGCAUCCUCGUGGGCUUGCUGUGCCAGUUUGGAGUCAUGCCGCUCGCCGCGUUCCUACUGGCUCUGGCGUCUGCCGUUAAACCGGUGCAGGCUGUGGCUUUUCUCAUCAUGGGCUGCAGCCCCGGAGGCACCCUCUCGAACAUAGUCACCUUCUGGAUUGAUGGAGACAUGGAUCUCAGCAUCACCAUGACGAGUGUGUCCACAGUCUUAGCAUUGGGAAUGAUGCCAUUGUGCCUCCUCGUUUACACGCGCAGAUGGGUGGACACAGGAAUGAUCAGAAUGCCCUACAGCAAAAUAGGUAUCACUUUGGUUUGUAUGGUUGUCCCUGUGGGUCUCGGUGCCUGUGUCAACUACAAAUGGCCCAAGGUAGCAAAAGUCAUUUUGAAGGUGGGCACAACAGUGUGCAGUGUCCUGGUACUUACUGUGGCCAUCUUGAGCAGUCUGCUGUACCCCGGCUCUUGGAACACAGACCCAGCUGUCGUGGUCGUCGCGGUGAUCUUCCCUCUGAUUGGCUGCACGGUGGGCUUCAUCUGUUCCGUUUUGCUGAGCCAGUCAUGGCAAAGGUGCAGAACGAUUGCCGUGGAGACGGGAGCUCAGAAUUUUCCGAUCUGCGUCUCGGUUCUGCAGCUGUCCUUCAGCCCUGGGGAGCUGGUUCACAUGCUCGCCUUCCCCUUCAUGUACGGCGCCUGCCAGAUCGCCCUCGGCCUUCUCCUCAUCACAGCUUUUCAGACAUACAAGCGUAUAGUGGCGUUGAGGUCAGCCAAGUUUGAUCUACCUGAGCCGACCCCAGACAGCGCCACCUCCAGCUCCAGUGUCCCCAGUGCCAAAGGAGAGGUCAACACCGGGUUCCAGCCAGACGAGGCCCAGCAGCCGUCCUCAUCCAGUGAGGUUUAAAGGAGUUAAGCAGAGCCGUCAGGAGAGUAAAUGUCCAAACAGUAAAGGUAAAAAUCCCAGAAGUAAAAACCCUGUGCCACAUUUUCCUUCCAUCCAGGCUUAGGAUCAACUAAAUGUCAGCCACUCGGUGAGGCUACCUUUGUUGGAAGGAAAAUUGAGCAGGAUAUUUUUUCUUUCUUAACUACUUUUACUUUCUGUUUGAGCUCUCUGGAGUUACUGUAGAUCUAUUGACUGUGGAUGUAGUCGGGCCAGGAUGACUGGUGGGCAACCUCUGACCUAUGGUGCCCCUUUUCCCCACCUCACUGCACUUCCACUCUGAGUCACUUUACCUUUACUUUUCUGUACUGUGAGUUCAUUGUGGUGUAUUGUCAACAAAUAAAGUAUGUGUAAAUAUGGUUUAUUUUUAUGGACAGAACAAUGCCUUUUGCCUUUGUCGUUAACACUGUGUACAAUUGAUUGUAAUGAAAAGUGGAGUCAUGUAUGUUCAUAUAAUAUGUCAGAAUAAAAAAUAUUUGUAUAAAAAUGUAAUAAUUGCAUACAAAGUCAUGUAUAACUAAACUCAGAGCACACACGUUCACCAAGGCAGCUCAAUUUUACUGUCUGAAGCGCUUUCUAGUUAGAUCUAGUUUCUGCAAUGAAUAACCUCACCCCAGUGGUGAAUUCAAAGCAACUGAAUUGAAUUCAUAUUCAAUGGUGAACUCAAAUGCAACAAAGUCGUCCAGAUCAUUUCUAAUCAAAACAGGUGGGCCUCAAGACCAUAGUGUUGAUUCUGAGACCUCUAUUGCCAUCUUGAAAGUCUUUGCCUCCAAAAAUGAAUCAAUUCAUGUAGGCUACCUUGUUUAGAGUAAUGGCCCACAGGAUUUGGUCAGCAUGUGUCCACCCAUUCAAAAGCAGGCAGGGCCACAAAAAUUCUGUGACUGAAGCACAGACUUGUGGACUCGCAUAAGGCUGGAUGACUACAGAACAGUCUCCAGCACCUUCUAGUGGAGGCAUACAACUAAUCAGUUCUAAAUCAGCCAGGGAAUUCCAUCAAAAUCUGUUCAAUAGUUGUGUCUGAUUCCGUGUAGCUAACUAACAAACGAACUGUCAAUCUAACAAGCAUCCAACCAAAACAAAUGCAACCAUCUUAUAAUAACAAACAAAACGUUUGUGAAGGUCACUUACAAUAGCCACUAAACUUUAUGGUAACCACUUAGCCACUGUUCAUAGACAUAGUUUAAAGUAAUGGCACACAGGAUUUAGUCUGCAUGCGUCCACCCAUUCAAAAGCAACCAGGGCCACAAACACUUUGUGACUGAAGCACAGACUCGUGGACUCGCAUAAGGCUGGAUGACUACAGAACAGCAUGUCUCCAGCACCUUCUAGUGGAGGCAUACAACUAAUCAGUUCUAAAUCAGCCAGGGAAUUCCAUCAAAAUCUGUUCAAUAGUUGUGUCUGAUUCUGUGUAUCUAACUAACAAGCGAACUGUCAAUCUAACAAGCGUACAACCCAAAAAAAGGGGAAAAAAUGCAAUCAUCUUAUAAUAACAAAGAAGAAGUUUGUGAAGGUCACUCACUUACAAUAGCCACAGUUGUUUAUUGUAACCAGUUAGCCACAGUUCAUGUACCUUGUUAAAAGUAAUGGCCCACAGGAGUUUAUGCCACCACCUUCUAGUGGAGGCAUAAAACUUAUCAGUUCUAAAUCAGCCAGGGAAUUCCAUCAAAAUCUGUUCAAUAGCUGUGUGUGAGUCUGUGUACCUAACUAACAAACUAACUGUCAAUCUAACAAGUGUACAAAACAA